CGAGAAGGAAAGCACAAAACCAUGUCGAAAGUGUGCACAGACAUCAGCACCACCUACCCACCUUCGGCAAGAAACGCCAUCGCCCCGAAUCCCUUCAUCGCAUGGGCGCUGACCACAUUUCGUGCUGUCGAAGAGCCGCAGAAGACCGCGGAGGGCGGCGGAAAGGCGCGCCUGAUCUCGAUACCAGGCGAGCAGACACACCUGCGCCUCUGAUCAUUGCCAGAUCUGGCUGACUAAUGUCUGCUGUGUGUUGCGUGUUGCAGUGUCUCAUUUCACCGAGAAGGUGCGGUGGGCUCUCGACCUGAGUGGAGAUGACUACGUUGAGGACGCCCACCCGCCCGGCAUGCACGCGCACUACACACUCGAGGCCACCAAAGGUGAGUGAGCGCGAGGGUGGGUGAACGGACACAACCGACACAGACACGCAGACAGAGAUGCACACAUAGCGGGCUGAUGACUGGUCUCCGCUGCGUGUGUGCAUCAUGUAGGUGCAUCGACGAUGGUGCCCGUGCUGGUGCUGCCUGACGGCAAGGUGCUAACGGACUCGUCAGACAUUCUCGACUUCAUCGCUGAGAAGCAUCCUGAGCUCAACCUCUACCCCGCUGAGCACAAGGAGGAGAUCAAGGCAUUCGAGAGGGUCAGCCAAUGAGCUUUUACAUGCGCUUGCACGCAGGCAGACGUAUCACUCACUGCAUGUGAUAGAUCGUGAACGAGAAGCUGGCGCCGGCAGUGCGGUCGAUGGCCUACACGAUAUAUGGCAAGGACGCAUCAGCCAAGAUCAAGAUAGCCCGGGUGUUCAUGUCGCACGGAUCCGUCGUCGAAAACAUGAUGGCGCCAUUCGUCCUCCCUGUGGUGCGCAGCACAUGCGCGCAAUUCCGGGACUGAUGAUUGCUGGAUGGCGUAUCCCCGUGUGUGGAUGUGUGUGCGUCCUGCAGAUGGCAGGCAUCAUGACAAAGGCGUUCGGUCUGUCGUGGGACAGGCUGGAUGAGUACCAGAAGGAGGUCAUGGAUGUCUUCACACUUGUCGAAAACAAACUCAGGUCCGCCCGCAAACCACUCACACAAUCACCGUGAGCGAUGGAUGGAUGGAUGGUUUCUCUGUGUGCGUGUGUGUGAAGCGACGGUCGGCAGUACCUCUUCGGAUCGUCCUUCACUGCUGCCGACCUGGUCAGUCACUGAGUGACACAGCACGCGACCAUCCAUCCAUCCAUCAAUCAAUCCAUCCAUCCAUCCGUGUGUCCAUUGCCUCACUCACCCGUUUCGUCCACAGACGUUCGCUGCCAUCGCAAACGUGCUUGUCGGCGUUCCCCAGAUGAGCGGCGUCUUCGGCCAGUCCGAGUCCUAUGACGCUUCGCCGCCAGAACUCGAGAAGAGAGUACGCACACACUCACAUAAACACACACACACACUCACACACACACAGAGCACAAGAUGCAUUCUCCUUUCUCUCUCUGUGUGUGUGCACGUGUCCGUCUGUUUGUUCAGAGAGGUCAGCUUCGGUCGACCAAGGCCGGGCAGCACUGUCUGAAGGUCUACGAGACUUGCCGGUUCCCCGAGAAGCACGGGGGCGACGGCAAGGUGCGCAUCAAGACCGGCAAGGUCAACAAGAUACUCGGCUACAGAUUCUGAUCCACCACACACUCAGACCGACCGACGAGGGUGCAUACGGGCA